AUGUCAAACUCGAAAAGCUUCCUCCACCGAAUCUACCCGAUUGACACGAACGACACCGAGGGCGAAGUGGAUAUCAUUGCUGUCCAUGGGCUGGAUCCUUUGAACAACCCAUUACAUGCCACUGAGACGUGGACUGCUGCCAACGGCAAUCUCUGGCUCAAGGACUUCCUACCCCUGCGACAGCCACGUAUCCGAGUAUUCUUGUACGGAUAUAACUCAAGUGCCGUCUUCGGUGCUUCUAUCACGGGCGUUAACGGCGCGGCGGAGAACCUUCUCAAUUACCUGCGCCUUGAGCGACAACUCGACCAAAAUCGACCCAUUGUAUGGGUGUCUCACAGUCUUGGUGGCCUCGUGGUCAAGAAGGCAAUUAUAAACGCAUACGUAAGUGGCGACUACUACAAAAGUAUUCACGAUGCUACCAGAGGCGUCAUCUUCUUUGGGACGCCACAUCGUGGGGGCAACUUUGCUACAUUGGGUGAUCGUAUGGCACAGAUCUGUCGCGUUGUGACCGGAAAUGUCAGGAAUAAUAUCAUGGAGACCCUCCGGAAGGAUUCCAUGUUCGCGGGUGAUAUUAACAAGGAUUUUGCACGUCGAGCGGCCGCGCUGGAGUUACGAGUUGUAAAUUUUAUUGAGAAUCUGCCGAUCGCAAGGCAUCUCGGCCUGGUUGUUCCUCAAAGCUCUGCCGCGCUCGACUGGCCGGAGCCCGCCGAGAUUAAACUCCACCUAGAAGCGACACACACGGCAAUGUGCAAAUUUGGCGAAAGAAAUGAAAUGUACAAGCUAGUCGAGGAUAACGUGUGUGAGCUGCUUACAUGGUCAAUCAACAGCGCGAUUGCCAGCACUCAGCAGGUUCAGCUACUCCCAAAGUACCCCCAUGCUACUGAAGCAUUCCUUGAUCCAGCACUACUUCCGAUGCCAGGGAAUGUUCUACUGGGUGAGAACGCAUUGCUUAGGCUUGGUCCACGGAUGAAGUACGAACCCUCGAUGGAAUCGUUGACUGGUGGUGUUGCCAAAGACCAUAAACUCGGCGGCAGCAGUCCUUGGUUGAGUAAGCUGGCUGGUCUGCGUCCGUUCUCCAAUCUCUCGAGUUUUAGGCCUCCCGGAGCGAAGUCCACGACGUCCGAUAGCUCGACGGACACCAUGACCGCAUGGCCCAUACGUAUGCUACCGCAUCCGCGCCCAACCAGCAUAGUGAGGCGUGCGCAAUUAUUUGAAAAACUCCUCGUGGCGUCUGGAGACGGUCCUGUUGCACUUCACGGCAUCGGCGGCGUCGGGAAGACGCAGUUGGCCGUGAGACUGGCUUAUUGGUUUCUGGAUCGAGACCCUGAAUUUUCCGUCAUCUGGAUUCACGCCGCAAGCGUAGAGACUUGUGCUGAGGGUCUGAGAACGUUUGCCAAGAAAUACGGAAUUGUUGAUCCUCAAAACAAUCCAGUCUCAGACCAGCAUUUCCCAAGGACCUCGCUUGUGAAGCUGCUACGUUGCGUACGGACUUGGCUUGGGCGCGCACCAGUGCGUAAAUGGCUGAUCGUCUUUGAUUCUGCCGAGGAGGGAGACGCAUUAACAUCUCCACUGACUGAACUUGGGCUUUCCUUAGAAGGUGACGACGUUCAAAGCCUUUCAAUCAUCGACUGCGUACCAGCAGGUGGCUUCGUUGUCUUUACAACUAAGAGUCGCGCAGCAGCGGCAAAAUUCUCGCACCUCAAAUUUGGAAAAAUGCCCGAAGCUGGAAAAAUGCUCGAAGUUGGAAGAUUCUCUCUUGAAGAAGCCACGCUUAUGCUGGAAAUGGGUCUCGACGAUGACCUCCUGAUGGGCACUCCAACGGUACCUCAACAGAGGUCAUUGACACUAGAUUUCGGGAAUGGACUCAUUGAGGACAAGAUCCCGCACGGCGUCCGUCAGUAUCGCACAGACCGAGCCUCAGAGCUGGCUGAAAAAUUGGAUUGCCUUCCACUAGCUAUAUCUCAAGCUGCCGCCUUCAUGAAUAAAAACCGAUUAUCAACUGCCGAUUAUCUUCAGAGAAUGACCGCGUCCAGCGAUGAGAUGCUCGCAGAGCUCAUGGCCCGGCCCCAACCAUUAGAGACGCAAAUGGGCGUCCCAAGGUCCAUUUACGAUACAUGGAGGCUCUCGUAUCAGACCAUCCAGAGCCAUAAACCUCUAGCUGUCGAUGUGCUGGCCUUCAUGUCUUUCUUAGAGGAGGAUUCGAUUAUCCUUAGUCUUCUUCAAGCAGCAUUCUGUGUCGGCACUGAUGUGAAACUAGUCGAUGCCCUAGGUGAGCUCCGGAAUUACGAAUUGAUUCACUCAGGUUCCGUCCCGGACAUUUUUACCAUGCACCGCUUGGUUCAAGCAACCACGAUAAAGUGGCUCAAGGAGCGCAAAAUCAACGUGCAGUGGGCACGAGCAGUAUUGAUGACAAUCGCAGACAAAUUUCCAAAUCCUGAAAACAGUACUUCGUGGCCAGAGUGCGCCGCAUGGCUUCCACAUGCCAGCAAAAUACUCCGAGUUCCACUUUUCGAGACGGCCGCCGACAAAGCUGCUUUGGCUACUCUGCACUUGAAAGUAGGCCACUACUAUUUCCAAACGGGUCGGUGGUCAGAAGCACAGGCAUCUACAGAGAUCGCUAGCAAUCUCAGAACCGAGAUUUUUGGACCAUUGGAAAUGCCGACACUAGAGGCCAAGGACCAACUAAUCCAGAUAGUCCGACAACUUGGCCAAUUUAACCUGGCCGAAGCGACAGCUCGGGAAGUGAAGCGCUACAGAAAACGCCAGCUUGGUAUAAAGAACGAACUCACUUUAAAAAGCUACGGUGUGCUUGGUAUGACGCUCGAUGAUCAAGGCCAAUAUGCUGAAGCAUUACGGUACGCAGAGAAAGCUUUGAAAGGGUUCCAAGACUUACAUGGAGCUACCGAUCCGCUACAUCCAGACAUAUUGAUUAGUACGUAUCGCUUAGGGGCGUCGUACGAGCUGAUAGGGAAUUUCUCAAAGAGUGAGACACUCCUAUCUGAAGCCUUGCAGGGCCUGAACCAGCGAGGCCAAGGAGAGACGCAGCACGUAUCUGAAGUAUUGCAUCGGCUUUCACAUCUGCAGCGAGGGCUUGGCAAUUACCGCGAAUCCGAGGAGAGCGCACUUGCUUCAAUGAAAAUGCGGCGCAAACUGUUGGGUUGGGACCAUCCAGAUACUACGAAGGCGUACUUGAGCGCAGGCUGGUCUAUUCAAUGUCAAGAACGGUACCAGGAAUCUGCGGACGUCUUUACGGCCGUAGUUCAAAUAUGCAAACCAAAGAUCGGCGCACACCAUGCUGACACUUACACCGCAUCCUACUUUCUCGCCGAGUCACUAAAAGGUUUGGGAGAAUUCGGGCAGGCCAAAGAACUACAUUCUCGGGUUUUGAUGGGCAGGAAAAAGGCCCUGCGAUCCCAUCACCCAGACAUACUCACGAGCCAAGUUGGCCUCGCCGGUGUCCUCCUUAUCCUCCGCGACUUCAAAGAAGCUGAAGAGCUGACGCUAGAGGUGUACAAUUUCCUAAAGAAAGAAGGCAAGAUCUUCAAGGAAAGGGCGGCAAUAGCCUGGACCUGCAUGUCCAACAUGGGCCAGCUCCACUCAGACCGAGCCCUUCGUGCUGGGAGUGAAUCCGAAAGGAAGACGCAGUGGAAAGAAGCAAUCAAAUGGGCUCGCCAGCUGGUAGAAAGCCAGGAACACGUCCUUGGAUCGCGGCAUCCAAAAACCAUCAAGGCAUCGCAGACGCACACGAAAUACCUCAAUGGCAUGUCAGGUAGACGGCAUUCCACCAAUAGCAGCAUACCUGACAGUACGGUUGCAAACGUGACACCCUUUUCAAGGAUGACCCUUGCAGAACAGGAAGACGAGAAGACGCCUCUUUAUCAAACAAAAUCUAUGGAAGAAAAGUGA